AUGAGCACGGAUUUAUCGAGGAAGAAAAAGUUAAGAGGGGCUCAUCGAGCGUCCGCCACACGACUUCAAAAGACGGUGAGUGAAGUACUUAUUUCUUUUGACCCAAAUAAUCUGGAAGAAAUUGUGCCCAAACUGAAUCAACUUAAAACUAGCAUGAAAGAAAAACUUGAAACUUUAAAGGUCCUUGAUGAGGAAAUUCUUGAACUAGUUGAUGAAGCUAAUAUUGAAGAAGAAAUAGAACAGUGCGAUAUUUGUAGAGAAAGCUUGCAGUUGGCUUUAGAAAAUGUAGAAAGAGCACUUAAUACCUCCAGCAUGUCUAGUUUAGCUGUGUUAUCGAAUGUGACUGAAAAUACAACAAGUAACAACCCCACCAGUACCCAGUCAAGCCCCCACAUCACCUCAAGGCUCUAGUGCUAGCACUGCAAGCACUGCAAGCACGUCGUUACUACAGAAUCAAUAUUCAAGUCAGCAUGAUACAUCAAAUGAAAAUGGAAUGCCAAAUCUGGGUCAGCCUUCUAUGUCAACUGUGAAUCAACCCCAACCAGUAGAGCAUCCUACCAUACCACCUGCAUCAACCGAUAACCCUGGGGAGCAUCCAGCUGUCCAACCAAUCAAUCAUGUAGCACAAGUAAAAUUGCCAAAAUUAAUCCUUAAAAGGUUUUCUGGGGAUCCUAGUCAAUGGAACCCAUUCUGGGAUACAUUUGAAGCCUCCAUCCACAACAAUCCCUCCUUAGCACCGAUUGAUAAAUUCAAUUAUCUCAAGUCUUUCAUGGACGGAGCUGCUGCUGAAUCCAUUGCUGGAUUGUCUUUAACUAAUGCUAAUUAUGAAGACGCAAUUGUUAUUUUGAAAUCAAGGUUUGGGAACAAACAGCAAAUUAUAAAUCGACAUAUGGAUAUUCUGUUAAAUCUUCCAUCAGUUAAUUCUGAAAACAACCUGAAGGGUUUGCGCCAACUUCAUGAUACGGUGCAAUCACACAUUAGAACCUUGAAAUCUAUGGGAGUAGCCCCUGAAUCUUAUGGUGGCCUUCUUUCUUCAAUGUUAAUGUCCAAGCUACCAACAAAUCUACAGCUGGUUGUUAGCAGAGUGGUUAAGGAAAACGAAUGGAAUUUGGACAAACUAUUAAAUACCUUGCAGCAAGAGUUAGAAGCCAGGGAGAGAAUUAAGGUACCUGCAACCAACAAGGAUUUUAAGAAAUAUCACGGUUCAGCCUCAGCAUUGAUGGCCGGUAAUAAUCCAAGUUGUACUUACUGCAGGGGGUCCUGCAGUAAGUACAACUUGGAUUAUUACUGGGGGAUCAAGGGACUGUACAACUGUGACUAGUCCUGCUGCUCGUCAAGAUAUUUUACGGAAGACGGGGAGAUGUUUUGUGUGCCUAAGAAAGGAUCAUAUCAGUCCAAGUUGCAAGUCAACAACACGGUGCUACUCGUGUAAGGGGCGACAUCAUGUUAGCAUAUGUAAGGGUAAGAAGCCACCUCAUAGGGACCCUCCUGAGGAACAUGGGCAAAGCGGAUCCAACAAGUCAAAGGAAAGUCCUAGUUUGGGAACCCAUCCUGACGCAACUGUCUGUCACACGACCUCAUCGAACUGUGUCCUUCUCCAAACCGCAAGAGCAAAUAUAUAUAACCCAGAUAAUCCUAAUGGUCCCAAGGUCAAAGCGAGACUAAUCCUGGAUGGCGGCAGUCAGUGCUCGUACGUCAGCAGAGCACUGACGGGAACUCUCGGUCUGCAGUCAAAGGGUCAAAGGUCGGUAAACAUAAAAACAUUUGGCUCUAGCGAGACUAAUGCUCAAGUUAUUGAUGUGGUGAAUCUUGGAAUAGAAACUGCCUAUGGAGCAAACAUUGAAAUGUUAGCAUUUAAUGUGCCAUUAAUUUGUCAGCCAUUAAAGAACCAAUUCGUGUCAAAUGCUAGCAAGACCUACGUACCCUCAUCUCGCCAACCUCCACCUAGCUGA